AUGCGUGCGUUUGCGGUUUUACUGACCGCCAUUCUGGCCGUUAACGCCGAGGUGUACUUUGAGGAAGGAUUCAAAGACGAUUCGUGGCAAAAGACCUGGGUCCAGAGUGAACACAAGGGUGUUGAGUAUGGCAAGUUUGUGCACACAGCCGGAAAGUUCUUCAACGAUGCCGAUACCGACAAAGGUCUGCAAACGUCGCAAGAUGCCCGUUUCUAUGCGCUAUCGAACAAGUUCACGCCGUUCUCCAACAAGGAUGAUACGCUCGUCAUCCAGUUCUCGGUGAAACAUGAGCAGAACAUCGACUGCGGUGGCGGCUAUCUGAAGGUGUUCGACUGUUCGGUAGAUCAGAAGGAUCUGCACGGGGAGACGCCGUACCUGGUCAUGUUUGGGCCGGACAUUUGCGGACCGGGCACGAAAAAGGUGCACGUUAUCUUCAGCUACAAGGGCAAGAACCAUCUGAUCAACAAGGACAUUCGCUGCAAGGACGAUGUGUUCACGCAUUUCUACACGCUGGUCGUGCGGGCUGACAACACGUACGAGGUGCUGAUCGACAACGAGAAGGUUGAAUCGGGCAGCCUGGAGGAUGACUGGGAAUUCCUGCCACCGAAGAAGAUUAAGGAUCCGGAAGCAAAGAAACCGGAAGAGUGGGACGAUCGUGCCACCAUCCCCGAUCCGGAUGAUACGAAGCCGGAGGACUGGGACAAACCGGAACACAUUCCCGACCCGGAUGCUACCAAGCCCGACGACUGGGACGACGAGAUGGACGGUGAAUGGGAGCCGCCGAUGAUUGAUAAUCCCGAGUACAAGGGUGAAUGGAAACCGAAGCAGAUCGACAAUCCGGCCUACAAGGGUGUCUGGGUGCAUCCGGAGAUCGACAAUCCCGAGUACGAGGAGGACAAGAGUUUGUACCUGCGCGAGGAAGUGUGCGGUGUCGGUAUUGACGUGUGGCAGGUGAAAUCGGGCACGAUCUUCGACAACUUCCUCAUCACCAACGAUCUCGAGGAAGCUAAGAAGGCGGCCGCCACCGUUAAGGAGACGCAAGAGGGCGAAAAGAAGGUGAAGGACGCACAGGAAGCCGAGGAGCGUAAGAAGGCGGAAGAGGAAGCGGCCGCCGAGGAGGCUGCCAAGGACGACGAGGAUGAGGAUGAUGAGGAUGAUGCGGACAACGCGCUGCCCGGUGAAGCGACCGAGGUGGAGGACGAUGGACACGAUGAGCUGUAA